AUGAACGCAGUGAGUAGUGAACAAGAGCCGGCACUCAAAAAAGAGCGCCGGGAAGUGGAUCCACCCAUUACAUUUCCAUAUGAACUAGACACUUUUCAAAAGGAAAGCAUUGAUGCUUUGGAGAAUGGAGACAGUGUACUCGUCUCAGCGCAUACCUCUGCUGGUAAAACCACCGUUGCGUUAUACGCCAUAGCAAAGGCUCUCCGAGAAAAAAAACGAGUCAUUUACACCUCGCCAAUUAAAGCUUUGAGUAAUCAAAAGUUUCGUGAGUUUUCUGAAAAAUUUGAUUCAGUCGGCCUUAUGACCGGGGAUACCACCAUCAAAUCUGAUUCGGACUGCCUUGUGAUGACUACAGAAAUUCUUCGAAGUAUGUUGUACCGAGGGACGGAAAUGCUGCGCGAGGUCGGGUGUGUUAUUUUCGAUGAAGUCCACUACAUGCGGGACAAAUCCCGUGGUGUGGUAUGGGAGGAAACCAUUAUUCUCCUCCCAGAAGGUUGCCAAUAUGUAUUUUUAUCCGCAACUAUACCGAAUGCUCGUGAGUUUUCGCUGUGGGUCGAGAGCAUUCACCCGAACACCAAAGUCCACGUCAUUCAUACGAAUUACCGGCCGGUUCCUUUACAACACUAUCUUUAUCCUGCCGGGGCGGAGGGAAUUUACCUCAUCGUAGAUGAAAAUGGGAAAUUUCGCGAUGACAAUUUCAACAAAGCGAUGGUGUCCGUUGGCAGCGAUUCAAAUGCCCAAGAAGCCGCAGGCGGGGAAGGGAAUCGCGGACCUUCGGCCUCCGGUCCAAAGGCGCGCGGCCGUAGUGGAACACAGCCGAUUAUGGAGAUUGUGAAGCUUGUGAUGGACAAAAAUAUGUAUCCCGUGAUCGUCUUCUCUUUUGCUAAAUCGGAGUGUGAGCGGAAUGCGCUGGCGCUUUCUCGCCUUAAUUUUAACAACACCGAGGAGGAUGCCCUGGUGACCGAGGUAUUUAAUAAUGCGAUCGAGUCAUUAGCCGAGGAAGACCGCAAACUGCCCGCGAUUGAACACCUGCUGCCCCUUCUUAAAAGGGGCGUGGGGAUUCAUCAUUCCGGUCUACUUCCCAUUUUGAAAGAAGUGGUCGAGAUUUUAUUUCAAGCAGGCCUUGUGAAGGUGCUCUUCUCCACCGAGACUUUUUCGAUGGGCCUAAACAUGCCGGCCCGCACUGUCGUUUUUACGGCUGUUAAGAAAUAUGAUGGCGAGAAGAAUCGCUAUUUAACGGGCGGGGAGUACAUUCAAAUGUCCGGACGAGCCGGCCGGCGUGGGUUGGAUCGUGUGGGGGUGGUGAUCGCUAUGGUUGAUGAGGCCGUCGAGCCUGAUACGCUCAAACAGCUCACGGGCGGCGGGGCUGAUGUCUUGUUGAGCAGUUUUUACCUAACCUACAAUAUGGUGCUUAACCUGCUUCGUGUGGAGGAUGUCGAUCCGGAGUUUAUGAUGAAGCGCAGCUUUGCGCAAUUUCAGCGACUUUCGAACAAACCCGCUCUUGAGCACACCAACUCCCGUCUGAAAGCGGAGAUGGAUGAGAUUUGUGUACAAAACGAGGAAGUUUUUCGGCAGUAUACCCUAUGCCAUAGCCUCAUCACCAAGAGAAAGGGUGCGAUCAAUGGGGUCCUUCGUCAGCCUCGGUAUCUCAAAAAUUGGAUUCAGCCAGGGCGUUUUGUGCGAAUUGUGCGCGAUUCCGAUCAGGCCUGUUUUGGAUGGGGGGUUUGUCGGUCUUUCGCCGCGAAGUCCGCCGGAGCCUCCCCUACAGACGCCAGCGCGUUCACCAUCAACGUGGCGGUGAUUUGCCAAAAAGUGGAUUCCUCGAAGCUGGGCUCGAUUACCCCAUGCCACGUCACCGCGUAUACCUCCGUGACCGCGGAUCUCUACACCCUGGCCUUCGAUUUCUCCGAUAUUGAAUGUCUUUCCACCCUCAAGGCGAAUUUGCCGCCUCAACCAGAUUCCGAGCAAGGCCGAGGCCUUGUGGUGCAAACCCUCUCUCGACUGCAUCGCGAGUUCGGGGAGGACAAAAUCCCAAAGCUUUCCGUAGCCCAAAUGGGGAUCGAGGACUUGGAGCUCGAGAAGCUCCAGAGCCAGGUAUCCAAUCUCGAGAAGCAGUUGGAGGGGAACGCGCUCUACAAUAACCCCACCGAGGAAUUAAAGGCGGAGUACGAAAUCUUUAAGCAUAAAGCCGAGCUUGAAGACCAAAUCGAGGAGGUGAACCGCGAACUUGUGGCCAUGAAUAAAGCGGUUUUUUCGGAAGAGCUCAAGCAAAUGAUGCGGGUGCUACGCCGACUGGAUUACAUAGACAAGGAAAACAUCAUCCUACGAAAAUCCCGAAUCGCGUGCGAAAUCACCACGACCGAUGAGAACGAGAUAUUGUUAACCGAGCUCCUUUUCAAAGGGGUUUUAAAUUCCAUGGAAACGGAGAUGAUUGUCGCGUUGCUGUCUUGCCUUGUGAACGUCCAUCGUAUGCCGGAUGGGUUUUCAUUACCGCAGGAAUUUGAGCAGCCCCUCAAAGAGCUGAAUGAGAUCGUCACGCGGAUCUCGACGGUUUGUGUGGAGAGCAACCUAACCCAAGAAAAGAGUGCGGUCGACAAGGUGAUGCCUUCUCUGAUGGAGGUGACUUAUCUAUGGGCCAAAGGUACAAAAUUUAUAGAUUUGGUUAGUAAAACGACCGCCUAUGAGGGGGAGAUUGUGCGAAUGAUGCGGAGGCUGGAGGAGAUGCUGAGGCAACUCGCCUCGGCAGCAAGGUCACCUGCGAUUGGCAGCAUGGAGCUACAUGAUAAGUUUAUCAAAGGCAUCCAACUCAUAAAACGUGACAUUGUGUUUGCUUCCUCCUUGUAUCUGUAA